AUGACACGCUUGGCGGAGCUGCUCAUAAAUUCGCAGCCCGACGACCCCGAGGACUUCCUAUGGGCUCGUCUGGAGGCACGCAGCUUCGGCGAAGACGCCACCCACAGCGUUGUGUUCUCCGCCGACGGCUACCCCGUCGUGCGCCCCGAGGACCCGACGCAAGUGAGCCUGCUCAAGGAUAUUCCGACGACGUCCCCAGGGUAUGUGGUGGCAACUGGUCUGCUGCCGUUGCUCUUCGCGAAAAAGCCGGUGGACCCAAUCAGCUACCUUUUCUAUCACAUUGGCAGCCGCGCACGCUCCAGCGCCGCCCAGUCGGCGCACUCCUCCACACGGCACCUGCGCUUCGGUGAAGACGAAGGGCUUGAUGCCGAGAGCUGCACCUCCCGAGAGCUCGAUGAUGACAGCAACUACGCCGCCGACGACGCCGCCGAGGUGGGCAGCGCCGGCGGCUCGAUCUCGAUGGUCCCUCUGCAGCGGAAAGGCUCUUUGGGCAGUCUAUUCGACAACGGGGCUGCCGCGCAGUUGCAGCGCCGCCGCUCGGACCGGUCAGACAACGCGCGACAGCGCCUGUCCCAGAGCACGACAGUGCCUCGCAGCAGCAGCAUACGGCGCAGCGGGGCUGGCUCAUCGUUGAAGCGCGUUAGUGUUACACAGCAUGAGGGAAAGUCGUGUUCGCCGAUGCGCAUCUCCCAUGAAAGCAGCCCUGUGACGGUGGCGGAUCUCGGCAGCAGCUCCACGCGAACUUUUCGCAUUCCCUUUCUCACUGCUAGCUCUAGCACGCUGCACAACAUCGAGUCUGAUGAGCAUGCGCGCGUGCGGAACGAAUUCGGGCUACUGCGCCUGCGUGAGGAGCUGCGGCUCGAGCGGCUACAGCACGAAGUCCGCAUCCUCACGCGCGAGUGCGAGUAUCGCAACCACAUGGCGCUAUUGAACAGGACAGACCGCAUGGCCGAUCGUGCCGCAGCCACGGCACAGGAAGCCCUCGAAGAGGCACAGAAGUACUGUGCCUUCCUGUGCGCUCAGAUCGAUCAACUGGAGGUGGAGAAGCAGCGGCAACUACGACUGAUCUCGCAGCACAUGGCCCAGUCGUCGUCCCCACUCUCUGCGGCGGUGGAUCCCCGGAUUUCAUCGCCGAUAUCAGGACGUUGCCUUGGCGCUGAGCCAUCGUUGCUGUACGCGGAGCCGCAAGUGCCCAGUGAGCUGGAUAUCUUGAAGAAGCAGGUAGAGCUUCUCGCGAUGGAGCAGGCACGCGCGCGGAGUAUAGGGUAUGGCGUGGCGCCCAGCUACGCGGCAGCCGCUCCUCACACAACCCGGUUCCCCGUCUCUGCGACUGGAGUCAGCGGGUCGGCGCGGGCGUCGUUCGCAAAAUAA